AUGGCGAGGGGCCCACAGCUCUAUUCACCAACAAGCCAGCUGGUCAGUGAUGAGAGGAGCCGAAACAAUGCGGGGCGCACAAACCAGGAAGAAAAUGCUUUACAAACGGCUUCAAACCAAGGAGAUCAAUGGGUCGCGCCUCCCCAGCCAGCUGCCCUCCUGUCCGACACCGUCCUGGGCCCGUGGAUCCCGGGACCGCCCUCCCCUGGCGCACGACUCCCCAGCUCACCUGACCACGUUGGGGUGCUCGAAGGUCUCCAGGUGCCUCAGCACCGCCACCUCGCGGAUGGUGGAGAGCGGCAUGCCCUCCUCGCCCGUCUGCACCCGCACGCGUUUGAGCGCCACGAAACGACCUCCGUUCUUCAGGUCCCGGGCCUUGAACACCUUACCAUAGGCUCCCUCCCCGAUCUCCGCCACGCAUUCGUACUGCUGGUCGGCGCGGCUCAGGCCGUCCUUCUCCAUACCGCUCGGACGCCGCCCGGCGCGGCGCCGCUAGGGAGGGCGGGGGGCGUGCUCUGCUCGCUCGCGGCCGCCACUCGCCGGCUCCGGGACUCCCCCGCCGCUCCCUCGCUCCCAGGAGCUCGGUCUCGCUCUCCCUCACCCCCGCCGACUACCGCGCUCCGACGCUCGGGCUCUCGCGGCCGCCGGGGCUGGAUGGAGCGACCUCUCCGCGGGCGGGCACAACUGGUUCUGCCGCGAAACUCCGCCUGCCGAAUCGCCGAAGAGCCAGCCGAUCCCUCCUCUUCCCUCCCCGAAGCGCAGACCUCUGCACAGACACCGAGGCGAUUACAUAGUCUCUGCCCCAGCGAGUCUCAGUCCACAAUCAUUCCACCUAAAAGAGGAGAAGGGAGGACAAGAAGAAAGUGCAAUCAGACAUCCCAGGCGCCUUCCUCGGGGUUCCUGCAGACUCCCCUCCUCCUCUUUCACGAAGCCCCUGUUGCUACCCUCCGCGCGCUCCUGCCCUCUCCCAGGCCGCUUAAUCCUUCCUGGUUCCUCCGAGAAAAGCUAAGUUACUUUUCUUUCCCUGCAGGGCUUGGAGCAGUCUUCGCGCGGAGAGGUUGCAGGGGCCCCUCCGGGAAGAACGCGCGGCGCGGGACGCAGUGGAACGGGAGGGGGCGUGCGGAGCAGCCCAGAGUGUGCCGGGAGCGCGGGGGAGGGGAGGCGCCGGGCACGUCAAUGUCACGGCUUAAUAUUUAUUCCUAUAUCAUUGUGUAGUGCUGCUACCCUCCCGGGGCCUGGACGCGCAGGGAGAGGGGCUCCCGGGGUGCCGAGGGGCGUUCAGGGGUCGCGCACACACUGCUGUGGAAGGACUGUGAGUCCACCCGUGUGGGGCCGCAGAAUGUGGGUGGGGGCUCCCAGGACCCUGUAACCCGAUGCUGGGAGUGUGCGAGAAGGGGUGGUCAGACAUCUGCUCGGAAAUUGCUUCCUUUCUACUUUCAGUUUUUCUACGAGGAUACAUUUAAAAACGACUUGCACACACAAAUGGUCUUUUAGGGGGUAAAGGAGUCUGAGUUGGAAACGGAAUUCUUCCUCAAACUCUGAGGACCUCCCUGGUAGAAACCCAUCAGGUUGGGGAGGGCUGGGGUUCCCGCUACUCGGUGGUGGGUGAGCAGUGGGGGCAGGGAGUACCCCACGCGACCCUAAGGGUGGGAGAAAGGGGUGUUCGCCACAUUUUAGCUUGUGGUCUCUUUAAAGAAUAACUUGAGUUGAAAGGUAACAUAACCGUGACUCGCCCUGAAAUUUUCAACCGAUUUCAACCUGAGCAAAACUCAACCACCCCUUGAAAAAGAGUGGGAGUAGGGGAGUAAAUGCCGAGCCGCUCCGGGGGUGAGAGAGAAGGGGCUGCGCCCUCGGGGCGGGGACUCGCGAAUCUUUCCCUACUCCCAGGAUCUUCUCCGAUGUAGGUAGCAGAGGUUUCCAUUCCCCUUUCGGCUUAAGGCCUGGUGCAGUCUGCAGCCAGUCGCUCCCCACCCCCCACCCCCAUCUCCAGUCCUCCGCAAAACAAAGUGCGGGGUUGGGGGUCACCUUCCCUCCCCAUUCACUUGCGAUCCAAGACCCAGGAAUCCUCCAACCCACGGCCGCCGCGGCCUCGGCGGGACGUUUGCCACGCCGGCCGCGUGUCCAGAAUUCCCGGGGCACCUCGGAAUUACCUGCCCCGCAACCGCGGGCCCACUCGCCUUUUUCCAGGAAUUAAAGAAACAAAUGGCGCGACCCUCACGGUGUGAGGGCGGAGGGGACCGCAGCGAGGGCAGACACCCUCACACUCCAUUCAAAACUCUCCUUAAAAGGUGAAGGUGAAUGGGGGGGGGCGAAGAACGAGCCCCCAGAGCCUGCCCGGGGGUCUAAGCCAGGCCGAGGGCCACACAGGUAGCGGAGGAGCCAUCGCCAGUAGCGCAGCCCCCUCCGCGUACCCCCUCCCCUCCUCCCUUCCAGCCCGAGGCUCUGCAGCGAAGGAAGCGUCGUGGACGUCCCACCCCCGCAGGGAACUGCGCCCGCUGCCCCAACCCGGCCCCGCACAGUCUGCGCAGGCUCUCCCCUCUCGCUCCCCGGACCUUCGGCUCCGGCGGAGAGAAACGGGAGCAGCAGUGCCUUCCCCCACCCUCCACUUUUUUUUGUUGUUGUUGUUGUUGCUUUCCCACGCUGGCUGAAUGUGACUUGACCCCAUUUCAAAAAAGUUUGACAUAGUGCUUCAACAUUUCCGCAUUCCUCUGCGACUACAAAGACUACAGCCGCCUCCUUCUGCUUUCUGUGUCUGCUCUCUGUCUUCACACUCAAUGAAAUCCUUCAUGUGCCUCUCCCGAAGCCUGCCAAGCACCGCAAGGGUCGCCGCUAGCGCAGCGACAAGAGGCCGCACCGGGGACCAGGGCUCCCGCGUGUGCGCACACGCAGAUGCGCCCACGUGCACACUGGCCGGCACGCUGCGGGGCGGGAGCUGCUCACUGCGGGGUAUGGUCCCACCACAAGACUUCCUGAACUUCCCACAGGCUUUGGAAAUAGCAGCUGCGAUGAACUGUCUUUGAAAGGAGUCACCAAGCUCUGCGAGCUAUUUGGCAUAUGAAGGUCCUGACCUGAGAAAACCAUCUUGGAUAACCAGGGCAAGGAGAAGGAAAAAGGCAACACCUAGGAGAUUUCAGUAAACAGUAGAAUCAUGCCAACCUAAUCUGUGUUAAAAUGCUUGGAAUGUGGGAGCCGCUGAUGAUGCCUGUUGUCUGUGUGUCUGACUGAAUCCUUUCUUUUCUCAGAGCAGCAAAAGCCAAGCCUGGGAACCAGGCCAAAUGCCUGCCACUUACCUUAAAUUGAUCAGCCACUUUGAGAUUAAAACCCCUGAAAGCUGCCACACCGUGAAAACAAGGCCUCCUUCACAUUAAAGGCAAAUUGCGACUUUG